UGUCAUCAGCAGCAGCAGCACUAGCAGGAGAGGGCAGAGGAAUUUGUAUUUAUUUCUUGUAUUUUCUGCCUCACCGCCACCCACAGUAGACAAGUUAUUUUCACUUUACUUAGAUACUAGGUUGUCGUUUCAUUAUAUCUCAUUUAUUGAACACCCAACUCUAUUUUACUACUAUGUGAGGACAAGAAGGAACUACUAGUAGUUAAAAUAAUAUUAUUAACUAGUAACUAUCAAUAAAGACGACGAGCUCUACUUAUAUAUAUAUAUAUAUAUACACACGCGACACUAUACACACCCUCGAACAACAGUGUAGUGAUCGUUGGUAGGUGACAUUAUAAAAAGAAGUCAGUGCACAACAGAAUCGUGUUCAAAAUGAUGACCGAUGAUAAAUUCGUAUCUGAAUACCUAAGUGACGAACAUCUGUCAUCGGCAGAUGAAAAGGAAGGUGAGUUUGUCGGUGCCACCCUAAGUUUGAAACCAACAAGUUCUGGUUAUAUCGGAGUACACACCUACCAUGGCAGCAGCAAUGAUAUUACAGAUGGUCAUCCGUUUAUUAGAAAUGAACAACAUGCAUCGACCCCCAUCGACAAUCAAGCUAUGGCCACGGAUCCCAACCUCAACAGAAGUCGACCAGGAAGUACAUACAGUCGAAGGAGUACUUUGAGUACAAGUAGUAGAACAUCCAAGAAACAGAACAUUGUCCGGACGGAUGAAGCAUGCGAUUUAUUUUUUAGUUACAAGGAAAAUUCCUUUGAUGCUGCUGUAAGAAAGUGUAGUGAACAUAUCCAACGUGAAGCAGAUGGCCAGUUCCAAGGGGCAUGGAUCCUUACUGAAAUUGACCAUUGGAAUAAUGAAUUGGAAAAACUGGUGAUUCUUACUGAUGAUUCUCUGCUGAUUUUCAAGUACAACUUCAUCACUCAGAAAGUACUCUUGUAUAAAAGGAUUUUUCUACAUUGUAUUGACACAGUGAAAAUGGGAGAUUUUGUUUAUCCAAAUUUCUCCGUGAUGCCUAAUCGGUCCCAUGGAGGUGUCCAAGUCUGUUGGAAUAAAGGCCAAAUUCCACUCAUUUCUCAAGUUUGGAACCCAUUUUCAAAUGAUAUUCCAUGGGCAAUAUUUUGUCACCAUCCUCUUAUCUAUAAUCCUAAAGAAUCUGAAACAGCAUACUUCAAUGUUGAUGAUUUUAUGGACACCUUAAUGGACAGCCUUAACAAAUGUUACAACCGGAAACGACCCAACGAAAAUGCAACAAUUGUUGAAGGGGCCAUUUUAUUGAAGAAUUAUGUAAAUUUGCCAUCAGUAUUCUUCAAUUCAAAUUCUCUGGGUUUUAGCCGUGAUCGGAAUGGGUUCUGUUUCUGAUAGAGAACAAGUAGAAGGCAGAAGAGAUGAUAAUGCCGGGCAAUACAGUUAAAACUGUUGUAUGAUAUACUGGAAGAUGGUUGUAUCAUCACUAGCUUUAACAUGAGAGGAUGAAAGUAGAAAAAUGCCUACAUGGUGCAGAAAAACAAAAAGUGAAACUGCUAAAGAAAUGUAAUAUAAAAAGAAAAAAAAAUUGUGUUCUCUUUUAUGAUGGAAAUAUUUUUCAAUUUUAUUAUCAAUGUUUUACCAUUUUCUUCGGUUUCUUUUUGGAGUUACAUGAGAAAAUGUCCAAAUGUGGGAAUAUAUUAAAAUAUCAAGAAAUAUAUGUAUAUUUAGAUUAUUUUUUUGUUAUUUUAUAGAACAUUUUUGUUAUUCUAUGCACCAUUGUCAUUUUCCUUCUUCAAUGGCAAUGUGAUUAAGAUAAUUUAAAGUGAAUAUUGUUCAAGUAAUUUCUACUUUGGUUAUACAAAUUUAGAUGUAAAAUAAAGGAUUUUUUUUUUUCUAAUAAGGACUGAAAAUUAUGUGUGUAAUACACACACAUACAUGCAUACACUGUAUAUGAGUGUAUGUAUAUGUAUGUAGUUGCCAGUGGCGACAACCCCCCCCCCCCAAUCCCAUGCCAUAUUAUUCCUUUUAGCCUAGGAAUUUCUGAUGAUUGCCAAACUGAUCUCAAUUCCUGGUAUGAAACUGAUUAUAAUAUAAUAUUGCUUUAUAAUAUUGCUUUAUAAUAUUGCUUUAUAAUAUUGCUUUAUUAUUAAAAGUAGUCAUCCAUACAUAUAUAUAACUUUGUGCACACAUACACCUGUUAAGAGAUGUAUCACCCAUGUGCUAGCAAAGAUCAGUGGUUCUCAGUCUUUUGGACCCUAUGGUGCAAUGGAGAUCACUGGUGCAGUUAAAAGGAAAGUUAAAAAUAUAGAAAACUGUUGUUUACCUUGUGUUAUUAAUUACACAUGUGCUCAUUUUAGCAAGAUGUUCAGCCUUUAAUAAUUAAUUUUAAGUUAUAUAUUUAAAAUUCUGUGGCACACUGUAGAAGAAUGAAUAGGAAAGAAAAUGAAAUGGAGGGUGUGCAAUAAAAAAUGCCUAUGAAUUUAUUUGAAUGUGAGGAAUAUCCCAGAUUGCUAGUCAUAGACUAUAGUUGUUUAUUUACUAAUAUUUGCAAACUAAAUUCAAAAUAGAUGAUAAAUCUUUAACACCAGAACCUUCCUUAGUUAAAUUUAUCAAAUUUUCAAAACAGUUUAUUCUGAAAUAUUUUCUCUUUAUCACAUUUUGUAUUCUAAUUUUUGUUUGAUACUUUUUUUUUGUCUUGGUGGUUUAAUUAAAGAAACAGAAUAUUAAUUUUUAUACUCUGAUAUAUUUAGACCCAUCUUGGUUGUUAUAAUUACAAUGUUUCGCUGGUGUUCAUUCUGGCUUUCUUCUAUGGUGCUAGUUUGUUCUUCUGUUGUUUAUAUAAGGGACAUUCUCUUUAAUAGACUAAACAUAGACAUGAACACUCGGAAUCUUUAAUUAGCAUCAUAGCUAUAAAAUAAACUAGGUUUAAAGCUCCUAAUUUCAAUUACCUAAUUAUCUUAUAGGAGAAUGGGAUAGUGAAUAUAAGCAUUGAUUAAUUGUGAAGUGUAGUAGGUUAGUGUUAACUAGCGAUGGUUGUGAGUUCGACUCCUGGCUUAAUCAUAAAUAUAUGACAACAAACUAAAGAAAAGAAUUCCUUCAAAGGGGUGUAUAAUUGUCAAUUGUAUCUCACUAUUUAAUCUAUUGUUUAUAUAUAUAUAUAUAUAUAUAUAAGGAGAAUUCACAAAAAAAAACAACAGACGAAGACAGGUGGUGUUGAAAACAAAUAGAUGUAUUAGUAUAAUGCUCUGGAAUUGAGAAAGUCUUUAACGUUUCGAGCCUAUGCUCUUCUACAGAAAGGAACACGGAAAGAAACAAGGAGAGAGAAAAUUAUCUCCCCACCCUACUCUACCCUAGAUUUAAUAAUGAGUUUAGUUCCAAAUUCUGUGAACAUUUCUGAAUAUGACAGACACCUGAAAAAGGCUGGAGAUUACAAUGGCUGAAAUGUUGUGAUUAUAACAACCAAGAUGAGGACAGUAGUUCAAAUAUAUCAGUAUAUGAUGAUGAUGAUAAUUCUUCCUCUCAGAAAUAUGAAGAAAAUAGUAUUUGUUCCUUUAACUAUGUUGCUGGAUUAGUUAAUAUUGUGAUAAAGGAAUAAAAAUUAUCUUUAGCACAAAAAUCUAUACAAUACACUUUAUGUAAAUAUUCCUUGUUCUUAUUCAUAAUUCAAAGUUAUGAAUACACAUUUCUAAAGAAAGGAACAUGAAUAAGUACUUUGUGAAACUUUGGUGCUGAUGGAAAUCUUAGCAUAUGGAAGAGUUGUGUAAUGACAUGAUUGAGGAAAGGAGUUGCUAAACUGAGUUGUUAUUUGUAGAUUUGUAUGAACAACUUAUAUGAAAGUUAUAUUACAAAUGGUAGUUAUAACAUCUUGGUCGACCUGUGAUAUUGUCUUACAUUCAAUGAUUUUAUUCAUAUUAGUAAAGGAGCUUAGAAAAGGGAAAUAUGUUAUAAUCUCAAUGUUUUCUUUGACAGAUCUGAGAUUUCAUAUCAAUUUACAAAACUUAUUAAUAAGAUAGCAUGACAAAACUAUUAUCAUAAUUAUAUAAUGGCUACAUUAGCAAGUUUUCAUAACUUUAUACUUCUCCACUGUCAAAAACCAUAAUAAUAUAUUUAAUUUGUUAAUAUUAAAUGGAAUACUAAGCUAAAAGUUAGCUGAAACCUGAUGUAUUUUAUAUCAAAUCAUUAAUAAAAUAAAUAUCAAUCAAGGAUUGAGGUUAAUUUAAUCAACUGCUCAAUGAAAUGUGUAGAGUUGUAUCUAAGUAAAAAAGUGUUGUUUGGAUAUGAUUUCAUGUGUGAAAGAACAAACAAGAAAUUGAUCUUGUGAAUCUCUAUGUUGACAGCAUUUUGAUACUAUUAAAAGAGAGAAUUUUUGAAAAUAUUUCUUAUAUGUCCCUUGAAUUGUUAAUAUAUAAUAAUAAUUUUUUUGAAAUUUUAGAAUAAUUCUUUUUGAAAAGAAAAUUGUUUUAUUUUAGUCAGGAAUGAGAAAUUAGAUUCAGGACUUUUUCACUCAUUUAAAAAAUUUUUGAUUUGUCAAAUUUUAGUUUUUAAAAUUUCAAAGUGUAGUUAGAAGAGUCAAACUAACAUUUUUAAAACAAAAGAAUGGAAUUCAAAUUCAGUUUUGAAUUUAAUUUAAAUAAAAACAACCUUAAUUAUAUUUUUUGUUGAUUUGAAUUUGAAAUCCAAAUGUAUUUUUUAAUUAAAUUUUGAUGUAUUUAAAAUUACAAAAUUUAAAAAAAAUAUAUAUCACUCAUUCUUUUUGAAUUUCAAAUUUCGAAGAUGAAAAACUAGACAAAAAUAUCAAAAACAACAAGUACUUCUCGAUUUUAUCAUUCAACAUGGAUGUGUUGUUAAGAAUCUUAUUUUGUAGCCACAUGGUUUUGGGUUUGGUGGCACUUUAACAUUCAGGUUUACCAAUAUCAUGUGAGUGAAAUAUUUGGUAGAAAGAAGAUGUGUGGAAUGCUGUAUGCAUAUAUAUAUGUGCACACACACACACACACACACACACACACACACACACACACACACACACACACACACACACACACACACACACACACACACAUGCACACACACACAAACAUGCACAUGCGCACACGCACACAUAAUGUGCCUGUGUAUAUGUUUUUUUCAUGUGCGGAUGUGUAUAUAUGUAUGAAUAUAUAACUGUAUGUAUACAUAUGUAUGUUUGAGUGUGUAUGUGUGUGUAUCUUCUGCUAAUUUAUAUAAACAUUGUCAAGAAAACCAAAAACUGAAAAGCAUUGCUUGUUGUGUGGAUUUCCUUGCAAUAUUUGUUCUGUAACAUAUUACUGACACUCCCUUACCACUGUCCCUAUCAUAAUUGCAGUGACCAGUGCUUGUCCAUUGGAAACAUGUAACCAAAAAUGCUAUUGAACCCCAAUUGCGAUAUAAAAUCAAUAAGACAAAAACUGCUCACCAUUUUCUCAAAAAUAAAAAAAACGAAAAUAAGUGUCUUGCCGAAACAACAUUUUUGUAAUAGAGUUACACCUCAAAUAUAUUUGUAUAAGUCCUCAAAAAAAUAAAAAAAAAGCAAAACAUCUAAACCAAAAGAUUAUUGAUUAACUUAAUAAGGAUUCUUACAACAUUUCCUCCAGCUAGUUAUGAAAAUGUUUAGAAAAUACACAUAAAUAUAGAAUAAACUAAACAAAUAUGAAGUACUGAAACUUUGCUGUGUUAAUUCUAUCUAAAAUAUGAGUAUAAUUUUUCUGAAAGUAAUUAGAGAUGAAUUGUUUUUUUUUUUUAAUAUUUACAUCUGAAAUAUACUUGGACAGUUUGAUAUACGAGUGUCAUCAAAUGUCUUCUUCCUGGCUGUCUACAUUGUACUGGGUUGGAGUUGAACAAGCAACUUUUAUCCUUUAUCCCUUUAGCAUUCACAUUAUUCUGUCAAAUGUAAGACUUAUUUAUUCACAUUGUUUUGAAUCAAUCAUGAAUUAUAUCAUAACUUUGAGAUUUCAAUGAUAUGAUUGUUUAUUUUUAGAAUGACAAUGUAAGGUAGGUGUGAAAGGUUGGACCUGGCAGUUUGAACAAAGAAAUCAGAAUAUUUGGACUAGAUAUGGCCGGUUUGAAUGCUAAAUGGUUAAACUAUGGAUAGUGAUGCUUUUAUGCCACUGUUUAUAAAUAAAAGUUCCUAGUUUGAAUUUAGUCCAGUACUAUAGUCCAGACACCCAAAGAUUGGAGAUCAAAUCCAGCAAAAUGUAGUGGAGAUAAAAAAAUAUUCCAUCUUUAAAGAUGAGUUUAAUAAUCUGAAACUUUAUAAUCAUAUUGAAUAAUUGUAUUCAUCUCAGGCAUUUAAUUAAGUAUUUAAUUUGUCUAAAAUAUUUUGAAAUUUUCCCUCAUAACUCUGUAUGAAGACAAUCACACAUUUCUUUAAUGAGAAUAGAUUGUGCAGAGUUUCAGCAUAAGACAUGCAGUUUGGUGUGUGUGUGUGUGUGCUUUUAGAAACUAAAGUGUAACAUUUGUGUUACGGCCUCAUAUUUGUAUUCUGGUGGAUUUUCAUCUGAAUAGAUUUGAAGAUGUUCAGUAAAUGCUAAGUAGAAAUGUAAUUGGAAAGAGCUAUUCACCAGAGUGGAUAUAAAGAUAUAUAUACACUAUUUAGUGUAUAUAAAAAAUUUUUUUUUUAAAUGGUCAGAACUUUGUGAGUAGUUGAUUAUUUUAAAAUUGCUUGAAUAUUUUGAAAAAUGUGAAUAAGCUAAAAUGAAACUUAAGCUAGAUUCAGAUAUUUUUUACUGCUGAUCAAAUGUGUACAUUUAUAUUUAUCUACAUCAAUAACAAACAAACUGCUCAACAAAACAACAAAUGGUAUUUAAAAUCUUUCACAUUUAACAAUUGCUGCAUUAAUUAAAAAUGAGAAUUAUUUAAAAAUUAAUUUACAUUUAUUUUUUACACAAACCUCCACCAGCAAUAACUUUAUAAUUAUUUUUUGUAAUUGAAAAAGGCAUUUUAAAUAUAUAAAUAAUUUUCGAAAUAUUAUUUUCAUUAGAGAUAAUUUGAAAUAGUUCUUAUGGGAAUUUUACAUAAAUAUAUAUAAAAAGAGUCUAAAAGUUGAUAUUGUUAUGUAACAUUAUCAUUUAAUCUGUGAUACUCGUUUCAGAUGUGCCUGUGGUUUUAGUCCUCUACUUAUAUAUUUCACUUGGAUAAAAUAGAUUUGGAAUAAAGUUUUACAUUCAUAUAUUUUCUUUCAUGUAUGAAUGGCAUGAAAUCAUGCAUGUCUGUGUUAAUAGGGUGCUGGAUAUCUGGCCAAGAGGUCGUUAGUUUAUAUCCUGUUAUCAUUAACUAGUAAUGCAAUUCCAGUCAUUGUGUUCAUAGAAAUCAAUAACCUAGUGCAUAUAGCUAUAACUAGUUACUACAUAUGGCUAUAAUUGAUUGCUGUAGGAGGUGGUUGUAUUCUAAAACUAACAAGCACUUUGUUGGUUUGCAGUGUUCACAGUUUUGUCUUCUUGCAGAGAAAAAUGACUCCGAUGGUUUUGGCAUCCUUUUCAGAGAUACCUCACAUCAGCUUAACAGAUGAGAAGGUCACAGAGAGUGGUUAACUUCAAUCUGGAAUGUUGUUGUUGUUAGCACUCCGCUGCUUACGACGACGAGGGUUCCAGUUGAUCCGAUCAAAGGAACAGCCUGCUUGCGAAAUUAACGUGGAAGUGGCUGAGCACUCCACAGACAUAUGUACCCUUAAUGUGGUUCUCGGGGAUAUUCAGCGUGACACAGUGUGACAAGGUUGACCUUUUGAAUUACAGGCACAACAGAAACAGGAAAUAAGAGUGAGAGAAAGUUGUGGUGAAAGAGUACAGCAGGGUUUGCUACCAUCCCCUGCCGGAGCCUCGUGGAGCUUUAGGUGUUUUCGCUUAAUAAACACUCACAACGCCCGGUCCGGGAAUCGAAACCGCUAUCCUAUGCCCACGAGUCUGUUGCCCUAACCAUUGGGCCAUUGCGCUUCCACUUCAAUCUGGAAUAUGCAGAUAACAAUUAUCAUGCUGGAUGGUAAGCCUUAAAUAUCAUUGGUUCUGAUGAUGCACAUUAAAGUGAAACAAUAGCAAUUCUACUGCACCCAUCAGGAGCUUUGUUAGUUGCCUUGUGUAUAAAUACACAUGUAUACCUAAGGUAUAGGAGAUGUUAAGCAGAAUCACUGUUUAGAGAGUAAGGGCAACCUUCACUGUGAUCAAGCAAUUCUUUACUGGAUCUCUAUUUCCUCAGUAGACUGUAUAAUGAGUAUCAAGAGAUUUAUCUCCCAUGAUUCUCUCCAUGCAUAACUCUUCUGUCUUUUAAGUGAGACAGGAGAUUAUGAUGUUAAGGAAUUAUGCUAAACCUCUUUUCACUAGGUUCCCCCUGCCUCACUCUCCACCCCAUCCUCAGAAAAUAUAUGGCUGCAUAGUUAAGGACUUCACUGUACAGUCUUAUAUUUUCAGUUCAGUCUGAUUGCAAAGCUCUUUGGACAAGUAUCUUCCAUCUUAGCCUCAGUUUGACCUGACACCACUUGAGUACAAUUUGGCCAGUAAAAACUGUACAUAAUCCCAGUACACUUUGUAAAGUGGUUGGCAUUAGGAAGGUCACCCAGCCAUAGAAACCAUGCCAAAACUGACAAGUGGAGCCUAGGCAGCUCUCUGGUUUACCAGCUCCUGCCAAACCAUCCAUUCCAUGCCAGCAUGGAGAACAGACAUUAAAUGAUGAUGAUGAUGAUGAUAUAUAUAUAUAUAUAUAUAUAUAUAUAUAUAUAUAUAUAUGUAUGUAUGUUGAGGGUACAUAGCCUAGUGGUUAAGGUGUUGCACUCAUGAUUGCGAGAUCUUAGUUUCAAUUCCUGGACCAGGUGGUACAUUGUGUUCUUGAACAAAAUACUUCAUCUCAUAUUGCUCUGUGGUUGCUUUGAUAUUUGACAUGUGAUACACUGUGCACCUGUUUUCUCAUAAAACAAAGAUCCUUUGAGAGGCAGGGUAUUAGGGGAGGUAACCUUGUGUCAGGGGAUGAGAGAUUAGUGUGUGACUUUCUUGCUGGAUUUGGUAAAGAGAGACCGAUAGAAGUCCAUUACAUGCACACACAUCGGUCUCCACUACUGCUUUGAAACUGGUGUUGGUUUGUUUAUGUCCCUAGUUCAGUGAAAGAGACUGAUAGAAUAAGUGCCUGGCUUUAAAAAAACGUACUUGGGUAAAUUUGUUUGACUAAAUCUUUCAAGGUGGAACCCCUGCAUGGCUGCAGUCCAAUGACUGAAACAAGUAAAAGGUAAAAAAUAUGUUACUACAAGGGAUUUUGUAGAUUAAAAACAUAUUCAAGGACAUUCUAUCAGGGUUUCCUGUAGCUGUCUGCAGGUCACUGAAAGGAUUUAUGAAAAGACCGUGAAUUAUAAUGAUUAAUCAUCCAUAGAAAGAGAUAGAGAGAAAGAAUGGUCAAAAAUACACAUGUAUAUUUGAGAUGAGUUGUGUAAACUGGUCAGGCUAUUUAGAUUAAAGAAUUCAAAGUGAAAAGUCUGAAAAUCUUGUGUUCUUCAGCUAUAGUCUCUAGUGAUAUUUUGCUCUGCACUGAGUUGUAGACACUCCCUUGAACUAGUGAUUUGCUUGUUGGAUAUGUAUAACCAAUGAUGCUAUUGUUCUCAAAUCAAGUUGUUUUUUUUUUUUCUUGUCUGGUUGGACAUCCAUUCUAUUGCUAACCACUCGACCAUGAAGUAGGGAUUAAUGUUGAUUUGUCAGACAGCCAGCACUCUUGUAUUUUGUCAGAGGUAUGACAUGUGGCUGAAGGAAAUAUAAAGUCACAGCAUUGCUGAGGAAAAAUAAAGAAAAAGAGAGAGAAUAGAAAAUAUUUUUUUAUUUAAUAUUUCAGCUUUAAUACGCUAAAGGGAAAUGUGAACUUUUGACUAUACAAACAGAUUUAAUUUGAAAUGCUAGCCUGACACACAUCUUGUCUUAUAAUGAAUUAACAACAACAAAAAAAAAAAGAAAAAAAAAAAAUAGAAAGCAAGAAAA